GACUUCGUCCGCGCAACUACUCGUCGAAUUUGUCUGUUGAACGGUCUUUUCCGUUCAAACGCUUUCGACUCGUCGAUUUAUUGCGUUCCCGUUGUCGUUUCUUUUUUUAUUUCCUUUACGUCCUUAGGAUACGGUUUGCGCAAUCGUUUACGUGUACUCGAUCGCGAUCGAAAGAAUUUCCAACAUUCCCGGCUUUGUAUUUACUUUUAAUUUACGUUUAAAGGAACGAACAAAUUGCGCCAGUUUGCACAGUCGAAGGUUUUACGGUGAGGAAAGCAGUUCAUGUAGAAAAAUCAAGAAUCAUGACGAAAGUGCGCCAAUACAGAUUUCUCUCGCUACUCGUGCACAUCCUGCUUGGCGUGUGCCGUGGCAUUCAGCAAUUCGAAGAAUCACCGCAAUAUACCGAGGUGAAUCCCGGCCAAGACGCCAAGAUGAUCUGCCGCGUACUCGGCAAGAGAGGACAGUGUAUCUGGCAGAAGGAUCAAAAACCGAUAGGCAUGCACUUGAAGAAAUACGAGUGGGUAGGACGGCCAGACAUCGGCGAUUGCUCUCUCUGGGUCAGAUCCGCCACUCUGGAGUUCGACGACGGUCUCUGGCAAUGUCAAGUCACAGCCAGCGAUUUCACAACGCAGGACGCUUUGGCAUCCGAAUUGGCGAGGCUGGUCGUCAGAGUCAGCCCUCAGCGACCGCAGAUAGAGUACGCGGAUCGUCUAAUUCUACCCGGCAGCAACGUGACAGCCCGAGCAGGUGAGAUCGCUACGCUCACUUGCAGAGCGCGGUAUGGGAAUCCUUCGCCUCUAAUUAAAUGGUACGUGGGCGAGACCGAGGUGAGGACUCUGAGGCCUCAGGUAAACUCCACGGAGAUAGACAACCCCCGCACCUGGGCUACCUACAGCAUCUGCGAGAUCAUGGCGGAAAGAUCGCGUUACGGACAACCGAUUCGAUGCGUCGCCAUUCAUCCAGCUUACGACAACCCGACCAUGUCCUCGAGCACGGAAGUCAGGUUCGACGUUCGAUACGCGCCCGAGACGAGACUGGUCGGUGUGCCCACCGGGCAACUGGAAGAAGGUCGUGAUCAGUUGGAGAUUCGAUGUCUAGCCGACGCGAAUCCCCCAGCCUCGAUCCUCUGGAGGAGAACGAAGAGCCCAGGAGUGGCCGAAGUGGCGAGUAUCGGGGAAACGCUGCUAUUCUCGCCGAUCUAUAGGAAUCACGCGGCCGUCUAUAUCUGCGAAGCGGCCAAUACCGAGGGUGAAAGCAGCCCUGUGUCCGUUCAAGUGUCCGUCAACUAUCCGCCGACGAUCAGCUCAGUGGGACCGGAUCGGCUGACUACAGCGUUACUUUUUUCCGGAGCCUCGUUCGAGUGCAACGCUGACGCGAUGCCACCGGCUGAAUACAGAUGGGCCCAGAUCUUCACCGAUGGCCGGAUGCCAUUGGAAUGCGGUACCGGACAGCGAUUGAUCCUGACGAACGUGACGUACGAGCAACAGGGUCAAUACAUAUGUCUCGCCUCGAACAAGAUCAAUGGCAACGUCAGAGAAGUUAAAAGCGAUCCUGUAUCUCUGCAAGUGGUCGGCGCGCCCAGGGUGGUGAAACCGGCCAUCACGGAGAAGUUUGUCGUGGCAACGACCGAAGGGAGCCCAGCGAAAUUAGAGAUCAGACUGUGUUCCGACCCGAAGCCCCGGCUCGUGGCUUGGGAAUGGGGCAGCACCAGACUCCACGCCGGUGAAGUUCUGGAAUCACGAUAUCGGGCGCUGGAUCUAGAACCGUUAGCGGUCGAGGAUUGUUAUAUUGCCGUCUUAGAACUGACUAGCACGGUGAAGGAGGAUCAGAGACUGUACCACGUAAUCGUGGAGAACGAUCGUGGAAGCGAUCGCCGAGCCCUGAUGUUGAAAGUCGACGAACCAGGACAGAUUCCACUCGUUAUCGGCGCUGUCGCUGGGUUUACGGUGCUCUCGGUGCUGGUAAUGGGAUUCGUUUGUUUCCUACGCUCGGAUAGAUGCUGCGUGGCCAGAAAUACGGUGCCUGCGCUGCAGCAAGUGCAUUGCACGAAGGCUUCGAACACGAUGAUAGAGGAUCCUCGCUUAGCCGUGGACACGAUGGAACGCAACAGCCAGCAGUACGCGUCCGAGAAACGACCGAACCACGUUUUGAAACCUGUCCCGUCGCAACAGUAUCAGCAAGAGUGUUAUCAACACGAUCCACCGCACCAACAGCAACAUUAUCAGAGGCAUCAUCAUCAUCACCACGGACAGCCUCACGGACCACAGUAUACGCUUCAGGGGGAGCAGCUGUUUCUCAAACCAGAUCGUUUAGCAACUCUGAAGCCCCAUUGCAAGAUCGAGAAGCCGCCGCAAUACACGACGUUCAAGCCGAGCUCGAACAACUGAAGAAUUUACUAUUUCUAUUUUCUAUUGAUGUACACAUUGAUCGCACAAACAUACACGCGUCCUAUGGGAAACCGGAGGCAAACAGGAGAAACGAGAAGAAGAUAAAGAUGGAGAUGGCAGAAGAAUCGAUAGGACGAGACUGAAAAAUGGCACGCAAUCAAAAACAGACAAGAUUUACGAAUAAUUCGCUCUCUACCUCUACCUCUCUUUUCUUUCCUGUCCCUAUUUCGUUUGUAUGAUUCGACAGAAAAAAUAUCCGACGUAAAGUGAGAUGUUUUGCAUCGUCGGUCGAUACUUCCAGUCAACGAACUUUUGUUUUGAUUUCUCUUUCUUUCUUUCUUCUUUUUUCGCGACAGAUUUCCCUUUCCUGUACAGAUUCGACGAAGAGUACGCUCGAACGAACGAGAACACUGAAUACGUGCCAUUCGGUCGGUAUUGUUGGCGUCGAUAAAAUUCGAGACUACUGAAGACACCGAUAGGAUUGUGACUUUUACCGUUAAUCGAUAGAUUGCAUAAUGAAAAAUCAUUUUCGCGCAACUAAUACUGCCAAUAUAUUCUAACAAAGACGAUCUCUGCGAUUUCAGUACCAAUCAAAAUGAAAACUAUAUCAAAAGGUAUUUAUAAUGCUUGCGAUAAUGUUGUUAAUAAAGCGGUGAUUUUUAACAAUUACUGGUUUUAUUAAUAUUAUGCGAACGUCGAGUCUAACUUACGCUCAUGUCUGCGAGUUAUCGAACGUUCGAAAAAUCACGCAACAUAACGAUUCGUUUGAAAACGUUUCUCUUUCCUUCGCAUGACUGUUGCCAGUAUUAUCAAAAGACUUUCAAUAAAGGAAUUGUGCAAACAUCA